AAAAUGGAGACUUAUUUGAAUCAGAAUUUUAGCGGUGUCAAACCCAAGCAUUCGUCGGGCGACAACUUGAAAAGAUGGCGAACGUUGUGUGGGGUUGUUAAGAAUCCUAAACGACGAUUUCGUUUCACUGCUAACUUACUCAAACGCGAUGAGGCUGCUGCCAUGCGCCGUUCCAAUCAGGAGAAGUUGAGGGUAGCGGUUUUGGUUUCAAAGGCAGCAGCUCAGUUUUUACAAGGGGUCCAACCCGAACAAGAUGACUACACGGUCCCUGAGGAAGUCAAAGCCGCUGGUUUUGACAUAUGUGCAGAUGAAGUAGGUUCCAUUGUCGAAGGCCACGACCCCAAAAGGCUUAAAUAUCACGGUGGAGUAGAUGGUAUUGCAAAGAAGCUUAAAACAUCAACAACUGAUGGAAUUUCUACUGACUAUUGGGGGAUGACCCGUAGACAAGAAGUGUUUGGCAUUAACAAAUUUACGGAGUCUGCACAACGCAGCUUUUGGAUGUUUGUAUGGGAGGCGCUUCAAGAUAUGACCUUAAUGGUCCUCGGUGCGUGUGCCUUUGUUUCUUUGAUAGUUGGAAUAGCAACAGAAGGUUGGCCCAAGGGAGCUCAUGAUGGUCUUGGAAUCGUGGCAAGUAUUUUGUUGGUUGUUUUUGUAACAGCAACAAGUGAUUAUCGACAGUCUUUACAAUUUAAAGACUUGGAUAAAGAGAAAAAGAAAAUAUCGAUUCAAGUUACCAGAAACGCAUAUAGGCAAAAGAUGUCAAUAUACGAGUUACUACCUGGUGAUAUUGUACAUCUUGCUAUAGGUGACCAAGUACCUGCGGAUGGACUUUUCCUUUCUGGGUUCUCAGUAUCCAUUGAUGAAUCAAGUUUGACCGGUGAGAGUGAGCCAAUAAUGGUCAGUGCUGAAAACCCUUACUUAUUGUCAGGAACCAAGGUUCAAGAUGGUUCAUGUAAAAUGUUGGUUACGACAGUGGGGAUGCGAACACAAUGGGGAAAAUUAAUGGCAACUCUUAGUGAAGGAGGAGAUGAUGAAACACCAUUGCAAGUCAAGCUAAAUGGAGUCGCAACAAUUAUUGGAAAAAUCGGUCUUUUCUUUGCCAUAGUCACAUUUGCAGUUCUUGUGCAAAAGUUGAUAACCCGUAAGAUCAUAGAAGGAACUCACUGGAGAUGGACCGGUGAUGAUGCAUUAGCACUAUUGGAAUAUUUUGCUAUUGCUGUCACCAUUGUUGUUGUUGCAGUUCCAGAGGGAUUACCAUUAGCUGUCACAUUAAGUCUGGCAUUUGCCAUGAAAAAGAUGAUGAAUGAUAAGGCACUUGUGCGCCAUCUAGCAGCCUGUGAGACUAUGGGAUCUGCAACGAGUAUAUGCAGUGAUAAAACUGGGACGCUAACUACAAAUCGCAUGACUGUAGUGAAAGCUUGCAUUUGUAAAAAAGUCAUGGACUUGACUAAUCAAAUAGCUACUGAAAUCCCAGAUAAUGCUUCAAAGCUUCUUCUACAAUCAAUAUUCACUAACACUGGGGGUGAAGUUGUCAUUAAUCAACACGGGGAACAUGAGAUACUAGGAACCCCAACAGAGGCUGCCAUACUGAACUUUGGGUUGUCACUAGGUGGUGAUUUUCAAUCUGAGCGCCAAAAGUCCAAAGUCUUACGGGUCGAGCCCUUCAACUCUACAAAAAAGCGAAUGGGAGUUGUACUGGAGCUACCAGAAGGUGUUGUAAGAGCUCAUUGUAAAGGCGCUUCAGAAAUAAUAUUGGCAGCAUGUGAGAAGAUGAUCAAUGGAAACGGUGAAGUUGUAAAUCUUGACGAGGCGUCCCUUAAUCAUCUAAAGAGUACAAUAGAUAGUUUUGCUGGUGAAGCCCUUAGGACGUUAUGUCUUGCGUAUAUAGACCUCAAGAAUGAUGUCUCUGCAGAAACUCCUAUUCCAGCUUCUGGUUACACGUUCAUUGGAAUUGUGGGUAUCAAAGAUCCCGUGCGUCCUGGUGUCAAAGAAUCAGUGGCUCUCUGUCGAGCAGCUGGUAUAACUGUCCGGAUGGUUACAGGAGACAAUAUGAAUACUGCAAAGGCAAUAGCUAAGGAAUGUGGAAUACUUACAGAUGAUGGUAUUGCAAUAGAAGGUCCAGAUUUUCGUGAAAAGAGUCUUGAGGAAUUGGACUGGCUAAUUCCCAAGAUUCAGGUGAUGGCCCGGUCUUCUCCUUUGGAUAAGCAUACACUAGUGAAGCACUUGCGAACAACAUUUGGGGAGGUUGUGGCAGUUACUGGUGACGGAACAAAUGAUGCUCCGGCACUUCAUGAAGCAGAUAUUGGUCUUGCAAUGGGCAUUGCUGGGACUGAGGUAGCCAAAGAGAGCGCGGAUGUUAUUAUUCUAGAUGACAACUUCUCCACAAUCGUAACUGUAGCCAAAUGGGGACGAUCGGUCUACAUAAACAUUCAAAAGUUCGUACAGUUUCAGCUCACAGUCAACGUUGUUGCUUUGAUUGUCAACUUCACUUCAGCUUGUUUGACAGGGAGUGCUCCUCUCACGGCUGUUCAACUUUUGUGGGUCAACAUGAUCAUGGACACGUUGGGAGCCCUUGCGCUAGCAACUGAACCUCCAAAUGAUGAGUUAAUGAAGAGAUCUCCUGUUGGAAGAACAGGAAAUUUUAUCAGCAAUGCUAUGUGGCGGAAUAUACUGGGACAGUCUUUGUACCAGUUCACAGUGAUAUGGCUACUUCAAUCAAAAGGAAAAUCAUUUUUCGGUCUUCAUGGAAAUGAUUCUGAUUUGAUCCUUAACACUCUUAUUUUCAAUGCCUUUGUCUUCUGUCAGCUUUUUAAUGAGAUCAAUUCUAGAGAAAUGGAGAAAGAAGACGUUACAGAUGGUAUAUGGGAUAACAACGUGUUUGUAAGCGUUAUCUCAGCAACAUUUGUUUUCCAGGUGAUAAUAGUCGAGUACCUGGGUACAUUUGCAAAUACAUCACCACUUACAAUUAUGCAAUGGUUCUUUAGCAUUUUCAUUGGGUAUUUAAGCAUGCCAAUUGCUGUCUACUUAAAGAGGAUCCCUGUUUGCAUAGAAAAAACUGAUCCUUUAGCUUAUUAGAAACUCUUAAUA